CUUCUGCGCAGUUUCCUUUUCUCUGGGUUUGCUGCAUUGUCCGUCAGGUCAGCUCCAAGUUCAAGGAAUCAGUCACAUUCAAAGAUUUGACUGGACUUUAUCAGGAGCAGGAGCAACUGGAGUCUUCUCAAAAGGACUACACAAGGAAAUAAUGCUGAGGAUCUAUAGGAACCUGGUCUCAUUAGCUUCAUCUUGCUUUGCCACAGGCACUACCUACUGGAUUUCUGGAGGAGCAAAGGAAUCAGAGUUUGUUGGCUCUAGUGUCUUUUCAUUGGUUUCUGUCCAGCUUGGGCACUAAUUAGUAGACUGUAGGUUCUCUGCCUGAAUUUGAAUGGAUUUGGUUCCUUCCAAAGAAGGCAGAUUUGAACCCUAGAAUAAAGAUCCCAGAUGAGGAGAAACUGUCCAUGAACAAGGAGAUGGCCACCUCUAGGAAUACUCAUGGUCCACAUUUACAAGAACAAGAUGAGGUUUUGAGAAUGACUUUUUCUGAGGAACAUGAAACCCUUCUAAAAAGAAACACAUUUGAUGCUGCAGUCUCUCGUCGUAACUUCAGGCACUUUCAAUAUGCAGAAGCAGAUGGACCCCAUAAAGCCCUAGGCCAACUUCGAGAGCUCUGCCAUCAGUGGCUGAGGCCAGAUAUUCACACCAAGGAGCAGAUCCUGGAGAUGCUGGUAUUAGAACAGUUUUGGGCAAUCUUGCCUGGAGAAAUCAGAACUUGGGUAAAGUCCCAUCAUCCAGAGAAUGGGGAAGAGGUGGUGAACCUGAUAGAGGAUUUGACCCAAAUUCUUAAGGAGGAAGUUCUGCCUUCUCAGGACUCUGUCCUUCCCCAAGAAGAGGAAAGAAUAGGCCCUGAAUUCAUGACAGUCAAUUCCCAGAAAUCAAUGGAAUUCAAGGAUGUAGCUGUGGAUUUCACCUUGGAGGAAUGGGAACAACUACACUUUUCUCAGAGGGAACUGUACAGGGAUGUCAUGCUGGAGAACUAUAGGAACCUAGUCUUCCUAGGGCUGUCAGUUUCCAAACCAGAUGUCAUCACCCAGUUGGAACAAUUGCAAGCACCAGUGAUGCUGGAGAAGGAAGUCUCAAGAUGUAGCUCUCCAGGUAGGGAGACUGCUUCAGAAAUCAUGGAAUUAAUUCCCAAGCAAGACAUUGCUUUGAAAGAGUCAACACAAGAAGAACUCAGAAGGGAUGCUUCCUGGUUCUACAGUUUGGAAACACCUAGAAAGUGUGAAAUCAAGUUAGAGAAACAACAAGACAACCAAAAGAAACAUUGCCAGCAAAUGACAGUUGGCCACAAGAAAACUUUUAAAAAGAUGAACAGCCAUGAAUGUAAGAAAUUUGGGAGAAACUUAAGUUUGGGACAAAUCCUUGCUCCCCAAGAGAGAAUAUCUUCAGGAAAAAGUCUCCAUAAAUGUGAUACACACUUAAGAAACUUCAAACAGUAUUCUGGGCUCAAACUAACUAAAUGUAACCAACUCCCUGCAUCAGGAAAAAAACCUUGUAAGUUUAAUGAAUGCAAGAAAAUGUUUAUUCCCCACUCAGACCUUAAUGAAUAUCAUAAGAGAACCUCUGGAGAGCUACCAUACAAAUGUGACAGAUGUGGGAAGGUCUUCCACUGGAAGAGACAUCUUGUUCAACAUCAAAAAAUUCAUACUGGAAUAAAAACCUAUGAAUGUACUGAAUGUGGGAAAACUUUUAGGCACAGCUCAUCUCUUCCUGCCCAUCAAAGAAUUCAUACUGGAGAGAAGCCCUAUAAAUGUAGUGAAUGUGGAAAAGCCUUCAACUAUAGUUCAUCAUUUUUUGAACAUCAAAGAAUCCAUACUGGAACAAAACCCUAUGCAUGCAAUGUGUGUGGGAAAGCCUUUAACCAUAGCUCAUCACUUACUGAACACCAGAGAAUUCAUACUGGAGAGAAACCCUAUGAAUGUACUGAAUGUGGGAAAUCCUUCAGCCAGAUGGGACAUCUUACUAAACAUCAUAGAAUCCAUACUGGAGAAAAACCCUACACAUGUAAUGAAUGUGGAAAAUCCUUUAGUUGGAGUGCAGACCUUACUCAGCAUCAGAGAAUUCAUACUGGAGAGAAACCCUAUGAAUGUAAUGAAUGUGGGAAGGCCUUCAGGUGGAACACAUACCUUACUCAACAUCAGAGAAUCCAUACUGGAGAGAAGCCCUAUGCAUGCAAUGAAUGUGGAAAAGCCUUUAGACAGAAGGGUCACCUCACUCAACAUCAGAGGAUCCAUACUGGAGAGAAACCCUAUCAAUGUAAUGUAUGUGGGAAAGCCUUCAGUGUCAGUUCAUCUCUUAUAAAGCAUCAGAAAGUUCACUCUGGGGAGAAACCUCAUAAAUGAAAUUAAUAUGGAAAAUCUUUCAAGUGUAGUUCAGUUUUCCUUCAACUAUCAGAGAACCAUGGAAAUGUAAGAAUGUGGGUAAAGCUUUAGUCAGACUUGGCACUUAUCAAAUACUUGAGAGUUAAGAUAUCAGUUCAACACUGAGGCUUUUUAAAAGUUUCCUUUUCCCUUUUCCUGGAAAUAUACAUCCUGAAGAACAAGAGGUGAGGGGAGUGUUUGUGCAAUUUAGGGAUUUUUCUAAGAUUUUUAAGAUCAUGAAAAUUGUCCUUAACUAAUUUUUUUUCUUGACAAUCAUGUCCCCUUUUCUUUUUCUUAUUUGGGUAAAGAGCACGAUUACUUAAUGACUAGAAGAACUUGAUUUCCCAAGUUAGAUUAGCUUGUCUGAAAUACCUUGAAAAUUCAAGUCCUAAUGAAUUGAAAGCGGAAAAUGCUUACCACCCAGUAGAUAGUUAUAUUGUGUUUUUAAUGUGAAUGAACACUGCACUCUGGAAUCCUUGAAAGAAAAUGGGAAAACCAGCCUGCUUGACAAAUUGGCUCAUUUUUUAAAAUAAUUUUUCUUUUUUAUUAUGAAUUUAAUAAACAUCAAGGAGCAUAAACAUUUCUACAUGAAAAGAAUAACAAAAAGAGGAUUUCAUGUCUUCUCUUAACUUGGCUCAUUUUUAAAAAUUUUUUUUAUUUUUUAGUUUUAGUUUGCAACACACGGUUCUACAUAAUUUUGAGUUCCAGAUUUUCUUCCCUCCCCCCACCCUUCCCCAAGAUGGCAUGGAGUUCUAUAUAACUUCCAUGUAUAACUUCGCAUUGAAUUAAUUUACACACUAGUCAAGUUGCGGAGAAAAAUUAUGACCAAUAAAAUGAAUCAUGAGAAAGAAGAAACAGAACC